UGCGUCCGCCGCCGGCUGCUGAGUGUUUCUCCGCACGCAUGCACGCAGCGAGGCUGCAGACUGGGAGCAGGACCGGUUUUGGGAUUUACCAUUCCGAGUGAACACCUGGAUUACGAAACACCAUUUUUAUUUUGUAAUUUUUUGUUUUGUUAUUUUUGUCGAGAAAUAAACCUGCCAACAUGUCUCGCACUCCAGAUACUGUGAGCAAGCUCACUGAAAGUACAUACAAGAAUGUGAUGGAGCAAUUCAACCCAGGCUUGAGGAACCUGGUCAACCUUGGGAAGAGCUAUGAGAAGUCAGUCACAGCAAUGACCCUGGCUGGAAAGGUCUAUUUCGAUGCCGUCUCAAAGAUAGGAGAGAACGCUACUCUGUCUCCAGUCUCCAGGGAGCUUGGUGUGGUUCUGAUGGAGAUAGCGGAGGCCCACAGGAAGGUAUACAAUGAACUGGAGGAAAACUUCAAGAGAUUCCACAAAGAUGUUAUUAAUGAGCUGGAGAAAAAGACAGAGAUGGAUGUUAAAUACAUGAAUGCCACCUUCAAACGUUAUCAGUCAGAGCAUAAGGUGAAGCAGGAUUGCCUGGAGCGCUCUCAGACAGACCUGAAGAAGCUGAGGAGGAAAAGCCAGGGGAAGCACUCAUCCAAAUAUGAGAUCAAGGAGAAUGAGUGCAUGGAGACCAUCUCAUCGCGCCAGAUGGACAUGCAGAAGUUUAUUGCCGACGGCUGCAGAGAGGCACUGCUGGAAGAAAAGCGGCGCUUCUGUUUCCUGGCAGACAAACACUGCAUGUUCUCCUAUCAAAUUAGCAACUUCCAUGAGAAGGCCAAAGACAUGCUGUCCGUGAAACUCCCCAGCUGGCAGGAAAAAUGCAGUGACAUCACGAAGGUGCCGGACACGGUGGAAACCAUGAUAGAUGGGCUCGCCACCACUCCAGAGCAAUCGCCACUUGUUCAACGCUACAACAGGAACAACGUGGAGUCAGCAGUACCACCUCCAGCACCGCCACUAAAGGCUCAGAUCAGUCCACUAGCCAACAUGUUCAACCCAGAACCCAGAUCUUCACUCACCUCCUCUUCAGACCACAACUCUGACCAGGGCAGUCUCGGGGACGACAGCCUGUCCAGAUCGACAUCCAUAUCGUCCGGUCUCAACAUGAGCAGGAAGUCACGGGUUAGGACCAUCUUCCCCCACACGGCGGGCAACAACGACACACUCCUCAGCUUUGACGACGGCGACAUCAUCGCCUUGCUCAUACAAGAGGAGAAAGAUGGCUGGCUGUAUGGAGAGCUGGAGAAGACACGGCAGCGGGGCUGGUUUCCGUCAUCUUACUGCAGACCUUAUACUGAGUCUGUGAUAUCAAAUAGCAGCAAUUUGAGCACCCCGGUGCGUAGUCUGAGCGUGGUCAGUCUGCCAGAGCAGGAAGAGGAGGGGCCGGUGUUGCUGCCGCCGCCAGACUACAGCGACGAGCUCCCCUCCAGGCCGGCGGUCAUCUCAACACCCACGUCACAGAAAACGCAGGUUUCUUUAGUCAAUGGGAACGCAAAGGCUCCUUUUCUAGGAGGAGGGAAUCCGUUUGCCACAGUCAAGCUGAGACCAACUGUCACGAAUGAUAGAUCAGCACCAAAAGUCUAACAUGGAGCAGGAGGAUUUUCACCGCUGUCAUGCCUUUUUUGGGGGAAUCAUGCAACGUGGGACCCCUGCAACACACCAAAUAUCACCCUAACCCAACAUCUCAUUGGCCUGCAUCCUAGUCUGUCUCAGUACCAGUCUGCUCUACUGAAGGGAUCCAUUGUUUCUUGGUAUAAAUGUCUUUUACUGUGCCAGUGUUUGUUUUACAUUAGAUACAACAGGGAAACAUUACAUAAUAUAAACAUAAAGGAGCAGGAAUUUUGAUAAGCCUUGUAGUACAGAGGAAAUAUUUGGAGUAUCAGUCUGUGUCUGUGCUAAAGUAAUAAUUCACCCCAAAAUUAAAACUGAGACUGUCUGAUCACCACCACGUCCCUUCACUGAAGUUAAUAAGACUUCCAAAUUCUCUCAAAGUUCUGAUUGAGUGGGGUUGUUGUUUUUUCAUGAAAGAAAAUUGAAGUGUUAAAGCACACAAGUAAAAUUGCUCUAAGAAGCAUGUACAACUAUCAUGCAAAUUUGUAUCAUGUAAUGAUGUAAUGAUACAAAAGCUGCAAGGAACCUCACGACUUUAGCACCAUGUUUAAGUCGUGUUUUGAACAAAAUGCUAACACUGGCAUGCAAACAUGCUUAGAAUGGGGAUGCUAGCAGGUAUAAUGUUUACCAUGUUCACCAUCUUAGUUUAGCAUUUUAGCAUGCUGUUUGCUAAUUGGCCCAAAACACAAAGUGCAGAUAAGGCUGAUGGGAUUUAGUUUUGCAUAUAAACUAAAGUAAUGGACCAACAUUUUGACCUAGUAGUGGUGCUAUAGCUUAUUGGAAGUUAUUACAGUUCAUCCUGAGGGGGAUAUGACUGUGUGCACCAAAUUUCUUGGCAAUCCAUCCAAUAGUAAACAGUCAAAAUAUUAUAUAUAUAUAUAUAAGC